CUUACAGGGGAGUGCGUUCUGCGGUCGGUUAAUGCAAAAAUGGCUUCAAAAUGACUCUAAAUUGCUGAACAUAAUUUCUACAUAUUAGUAGGGUGAGACAAGAGACUAAGGAAAGCAUCACAGGGCAGUAUGUAUUACGAGGGGACUAUACAAAUUGUGGAUCGGGGUGAUGCCCCGGCCCUGGAGGUCAUUGACAGGAAUGCCAGAUCUCUUGCUCAGAGAGCCGCAGAUGAGACCCAGGAGGAACUGAAGAGGGUCUUGUCCAGGGUGGACAACAUCUAUGGAUCCUAUGAAAGCUUUAAUGCUAUGGAGACCACAUUAAACUCCAGCCUGGAAUAUGUGGAUGGGAUACAAGAGCUUGAAGAGAUACUGAGGGACCACAUUAAAAAGAAAAAGUACAAACAACAGGUGACAAUUUUCAUUGUUGGAUAUCAAGACGUUUGCCAUGAAAAGCUGACAUUGCUGCAACAGGUGAAUGAGUUUUUCAUGACCAAUGCCAAAAACUUUGAAAAGGAAAACUGGGAUGAUCCCACACCUGAAAUUGAUUUGGAUGAUGUUGCCUCGAAAAUAGAAGACUCGUUGAAUACAGCAGAGGAGCUGACUGGGCGAUUGUCUGAAAUUAACAAGGAGAUGGUGUCCUACUUAACCAGUCAUGCCUCGCACAAAGGAAGCCAUAAAGCGAAGAAGAAGAUGGAAAAAUCUCUGCAGCAAGCAAAAGAUGACAUCAAUUCACUCAGUGAGAGGUUAUUGGCAGCCCAAGCAGAGGUGGAUGCCAAGGAAGAAAAGAUCUCGACUUUACUGAAACAGGCUGAGGCUAAGCAUAUGGAGGUGCAGAGAUACAAAACAGCUGCUGAAGUGGCAAAGAAAAACAUGAAGGAUACAGAGCGGUUGCAGCAGGAGUUUGACAAGAGGGGCGUACUGCUGCAGGAGUACCAGAAUAAGGUAGAAAGUUUGGGGCUGGAGUUGACGCAGACCAGCCUAAGUAAGGCCAAAUCAGAAGAGAGGUUUAGUCACUCCGGACAGGACAACCUGAAGAAAAUCUCAGAACUUCAACAGCUUGUUCAGGAAAAGCAAGUGGCUUUGGAUGAAGCAAAGAGAGAUUUAGAGAGGCUGCAUGAGAUGCAGAUCCUGUCCUUACAGGAAGCUCACCAGGCGGAAAUGGACGAUCUGCAAAAGACGCACGCUGCUGAAAUCCAGCAAUUAAUGAAAGAAUUGAAAAACUGUAAAGAGAAACUUGUUCAAGACACCAGUACACAUGUACAUGAAGAGGUUGCAGAGUAUAAAGAAAAACUGGAAAAUAUUGAAUCUCCGGCCCGUGGCAGUGAGUCAUCCCUCUCAGGUCCAGCCGUUGACACUGUGAAGGAAACCGGCGACCCCUCAGCCACAGGCCUUGAUGACCAGUCUGUGGCUCCAGAGCCAGACGACCAGGCAAAUGCCAUCCCAGAGGUGCCAGAUGACCAGUCUGUAAGCAGCAAGAUCUCUGCCACAAGCUCUAAGGAUGAGGCUAAAACAACCGGGAGAGAGCCUCAGAGAAGCAGAUCUCAGACAAGCACUUCCAGUAAGAAGAGUGGAGGAAGAGAGUCAAAACAGAGCAGUAAGACAAGUCUGAAGCAGAAGAGUGAAGGUGGAACAGAUCCAGUGCCGUCAGGUAUUAAGGAGUAUGCAGAUGUGGCUGUACAAGACGAGGGUGGCAACCCUGAUGCUGCCACAGUCAGCUCUCAUUAUCUGGACAUGGUCAGAGAAGAAACAGGGGACUUCAGCAACUCCUACGAUCUUCAAGAUGAGGAAUCCUGGGCCAGUGUUCCCAAAGAUCAGAUGACUGGUCGAUUCAUGCAGUACAGAAAACUAACACGCAAACGUCUUGCAGAUUUAGAAGAUCAACUGGCCACGACUGUCCGCAAAACUCACAAAAAAGUGGACACGCUGAAGGCACAGUUUCAGGAGCACAAAUCCAAGUGGGAAGCUGAGAGAAAUGUGCUUGUUCAGCAAAUUGGACAGGCGAUGAGGCUCCAGUCCGAGGCUGAGAAUGAGGCUGACGUGGCUAUGUCACAGCUGGAGGACUUCAUCAUUGAACAAGAGAAACUGGUCAGUAUAACAUCCAUUUGUAAUAUAGGAAUUUUGAUUUUUGACAUUAUGGUGACGUCUCUUUGUGACGUAUUGUCAUCGCUUUGCAGCACACAAUUAACAUGGGUGUGUGCUUCACACCAGCGCCUCACACUAGGGCUUCACACCACCACCACACACCAGGACCACACACCAGGGCAACACACCAGCGCCACACACCAGUGCUCCACAACAGUGUUCCACACCAGCGCCGCACACCAGUGCCACACCCCAACGUCUCACACUAGCGCCACACACAACUGCGCCUCACACCAGCGCCACACACCAGGGCCUCACACCAGUGCCACACACCAGCACUACACACCAGCCACACACACCAGCGUGACACACCAGCUCCUCACACCAGCACCACACACCAGCACCACACACCAGGGCCUCACACCAGUGCCACACACCAGCACCACACACCAGGGCCUCACACCAGGGCCUCGCACCAGGGCCACACACCAGUUCCACACACCAGCGCCUCACACCAGCGCCACACACUAG